AAUGCAGUGAGUGUGGGAAGGUGUUUGUCAGGGUGUCUCAGUUCAUCAAUCAUCAGAGAGUUCAUACAGGAGAGAAACCUUAUAGGUGUAAAUGUGGGAAAGCCUUUUCCAGAAAGUCCCAGCUAACAGAACAUCAGAGAAAUCAUACAGGGAUAAAACAGUAUGAAUGUACCAAAUUUGACAUGUCCUUCCUCAAAAAAUUACAGUUCAGUGUGCAUCAGGAAACACAUAUGGGAGAGAAACCUUAUAAGUGUAGUGAAUGUUGGAAAGCCUACAUUAAAAAGUGUCGACUCAUUUAUCAUCAGCGUACUCAUACAGGAGAGAAACCCCAUGGAUGCAGCAUAUGUGGGAAAUCCUUCUCUACAAAGUUCAGUCUCACUACACAUCAGAAAACUCAUACAGGAGAGAAACCUUAUAUAUGUAGUGAAUGAGGAAAAGGAUUCAUUGAGAAGAGGUGUCUUAAUGCACUUAGUCAGACUCAUACUGGAGAGAAACCCUUCAUAUGCAAUAAAUGUGGGAAAGGCUUCACCUUGAAGAAUAGUCUUAUCACACAUCAGCUAACUCAUUCAGAAGAGAAGUUGUAUGCAUGCAGUGAAUGUGGAAAAGCCUUUUCCAUGAAGCACUGUCUCAUCAUACAUCAGCGAACGCACACAGGAGAGAAACCAUAUACAUGCAAUGAGUGUGGAAAAGGCUUCACCUUGAAGAGUCCUCUCAUCAGGCAUCAGCGGACACAUACAGGAGAGAAACCCUAUGUAUGCACCGAAUGUCUAAAAGGCUUCACCAUGAAGAGUGACCUAAUUGUACAUCAGCGAACUCACACUGCAGAGAAGCCAUAUAUGUGCAAUGACGGUGGGAAAGGCUUCACUGUGAAGAGCCGCUUGAUUGUCCAUCAGCGAACUCACACAGGAGAGAAACCUUAUGUGUGCAAUGAAUGUGGAAAAGGUUUCCCUGCAAAGAUCCGGUUGAUAGGACAUCAGCGAACUCACACAGGAGAGAAGCCUUAUAAAUGCAGUGAAUGUGGAAAGGGCUUUACUGAAAAGAGUCACCUCAAUGUACAUCGGCGCACUCAUACAGGAGAGAAACCCUACAUAUGCAGUGAAUGUGGCAAAGGCUUAACUGGGAAAAGCAUGCUUAUUGCCCAUCAGCGGAUUCACACUGGUGAGAAACCAUACAUAUGCAAUGAGUGUGGUAAGAGCUUCACCAUGAAGAGUACUCUAGGCAUACAUCAGCAAACUCACACUGGAGAGAAGCCUUACAAAUGCAAUGAGUGUGGUAAAGCCUUCAGAAAGAAGACAUGCCUUGUCCAGCAUCAGAGAUUUCACUCAGGAAAAAUUUCCUUUGCAUGUACUGAAUGUGGAAAAUUCUCUUUGCGCAAAAAUGACCUCAUUACCCAUCAGAGAAUUCACACAGGAGAGAAACUCUAUCAGUGCAGUGAAUGUGGGAAAGCCUUCACUACAAAGUCAGGACUUAAUGUUCAUCAAAGAAAACAUACAGGAGAGAGGCCCUAUGGAUGUAGUGAUUGUGGGAAAGCUUUUGCCCACUUGUCAAUUCUUGUUAAACACAAGAGAAUUCACAGGUAGUUAUUCUGCUAGUUGUAGGCCCUUGAGAUAAUAUAAUAAAUACAAAGAAUAAUAACUUUGAUGUAAAGUAUAUGGUGGUAUACUUAGGGAUCAAUUACCUCAUUCAUGUUCCAUAUUGUAUGAAACAACUAUAUACAAUCAGUCUUCACAAAAGCAUUUCGGGACACUAUAUGAUGGCUAAAAAGUGUAUACUCAGAUAAAUCCCACAAAUGUGACAGACUACAGAAGCCUUCAGUUGAGAGAGAGACUUCAUCUCCCUAGGUUCAUUCCCCAAUGCUGAAAAAAGAUUAUCAAAAAAUUAUCAUAGGUUAUGGAUGAAAUAUCAGCUGAU